AUGAAGGCUGGAGUGUGCGGUCACCCGAGCUGCUGCUCCUCCUCCGCGUCGAAACCUCUUUCUCUCCCUCCGUUCCUUCGUCGGAGGCAGCCACCGCCGACUAGCAGGAGGAGAUGGCCGCUCCUCGUCGUGUCCCAGGGGGAGAAGAUUGAGAUCAGGGUCUGCGUUAACAGGAGCUGCAACCGGAUGGGAUCGAGGGAAAUCCUGGGGACGAUCUCAGAUAUCUCCCCGCCGGAGGUCACCGUGAAAUCCUGCGGUUGCCUCGGGCGGUGUGGCGCGGGGCCCAACCUGGUGGUGCUGCCGAGCGGCACGAUGGUGGGGCACUGCGGAACCACCGCAAGAGCCGCCGAGGUCCUGGCGCAGAUCUGCGGUGGCAAGAGAGGAGGAUCAGAAGGGGGUUUUGAUCCCUGGAAGAAUAUGGAAGCCUUGACUCUGAGGAAGAAGGCCGAGGCUGAGUUGCUCGAGAGAGGAAACCCGGCCGAUGCAGAGGCUCUUCUGUCACAGGUGAUGAUUGUAGAGUUUACUUUCACUGCGAUCUUCCUGUUUGUGCCAUUUCCAAUGUGACAUAAAGCAUUCCCAAUCUUCACACGCGCUGAAUGGCUCAUAGGCUUUUUGUUUACUCUCGAUAAAGCCUCCCAAGUGUCAUGUGUAAUUUAUUAUGCCCUUUUAGGGGACUAACGACGAGCCAUGACACUGCGUCACAAUGGUUCUAAUGGCUUCUCCUUCAACCUUGUGGGUGCAGGCUGUUGAUCUCAAGCCUUCUGGGGGCCUUCAUCUUAUUUACAAAAGCAGGUCCUGUAAUACUUGAAAACAUAAGAGCAGUAAGCUUUUCAACGUGUCUUCACAUCACUCAUAGAACAAAUCCUGCAAUAUCCGAAAUAUUUGGUCGUAAGCUUUUAAUUACAUUCCUUUUUAUCCUAGCUAGCCUCUUGCCAAAACCUUAGAUAUUGAUUUAAUUUCGUUUAAUUAGCAUAUACUCCUGAUCUUAAAACCCAACGACGCACACCACCUCGUACCUUUUUCUGUUUUUCUGUCUAUUAAUAGCAUUUUAAUUUCCUGCUGGCAGAUCUGUUGCGAGGUUGACCCAGGGAAACAUUGGGGGUGCCCUUGAGGACACUAAUGAAGCGUUGAAAAUAGAUCCCACGUUCGCCCAAGUAUGUUGGCACUUGGAAUUGAGUUCCGAAUGUUUUCUGUUGGUCUUUUCAGUAGCAUGCUUCACCUUUGUCAAUCUUCUUCGCAAUUGAUGCCGUAUUUUAGUAUUCCCGGCCUCAAAUUUAUCCUUUCGAGCUUUUUAUCUCUUUAUUUCCACGGAUAUUCAUUGUUUAUGCAUAUCAGAAACAUCUCAUGUUUUAUUUUUGGGUAUCCCGUGUUUUCUUUACUAGCUUUUGCAGAUGAGGAAUUGAAACUCUUGCCCUGCUUAAUGCCGUCUUAAGUUGUAAUAAAACCCCUUGACGUUUGAAUAUCAUGCUUGAAUUAGUUAUCUCUGUGUGGUUUAACUUAUGAUUUCUUCUCCAGUCGAUUAGUGCAAAAGAAAGCUCUUUUUGGCUGGCUACCAUGGGUUUUCUAAUCUGCCUUUAUGUGGUCCUUGAUUCUCAAUUACCACUUUGUUGGGCGAAAAUCUUUUCACCUCUUUCACUGCCACCUUUCUAGUCGUGCUAUGAACGAGUAAGUUCAAAUUAACAUCUCAUUCGAGAUUCUGCCAUUUGACGCAGAGUCACAGUUUCGCUCUUCAUUAUCGUAGUGUCGUUGAUGAGUUUAUCUUCUCGGGGAACCUGGAAAUUACUGUAGCAUACUUUUAUCUUGUCCAUGGAAGAGAAAAUAGUUUAUCAAUGGUAUGGGUGAUAGCCAUUUUUUUAAUCCAUGCAUUAAUUGUAUGGAGGUUUUCCUCUGAAAAGGCAGAACUUAUCUCUCCUCUCUCUCUCUCUCGCUCGUUCUCUCUCUCUUCUCAUUUACAGCACCAAACACCCACGCUUCAAACAUGUGCCUUGGAACGUUUGUGGGUAUUUCAGUAUUUCCUUCACGACAAUUGAGGUUCCCCACCUUGAUUAGAAAGCUCCCCUUGCCCUUCAACCUUGCUGCACUAUACUUUUUCAUUAAACUGUGAAUCCAUUUGAAGAUCAGAGGCUCGAAGGAGUAAACCGCCCCCCCAAAAGGCAAAGGAUGCGCCAACUGCGGUUAUCCCUCAUAAAUGUUUUCGUUUUUUUUUUUUUUUUUUUGGUUUUUUGUUGAGGAGUCGAUUAUUUUGUAAGCUUUUGAGAUAUGGUUUGCAUAUUAAUGUUCAUAGAUGCAUUCCUCGUGACAAAUAGCCUCAACGACGUUGUAGGCUUACAUCUGCCAAGGUGAUGCUUUCGUGGCAAUGGGAGAGUGGACAAAGGCUGAAAACGCAUACUCAGAAGCUUUGCUGAUUGAUCCAUCUAUUCGCCGUUCCAAAUCAUUCAAGGUUUUAAGCGUUUUUGUUUUUCAAAAAUUAAUACUGAGCUUAAAGUAUGUCUAGAUACUGUUCCUAUGCAAGAGUCUGAACUGGCCGCAAUUCUCCAGGAACGGGUCACAAAGUUGCAAGAAAAGAUCGCAGCUGUACAUAAUUCGAACUAG